CGUGGGAGGAAAUACAGCUUGUGUCAUGAUCGAAUGCUGAAGGGAGCUGCUUCCUGAGCCCCGCUUUCCCACGAACCUGUGGGGCGUCCUUGGACAAGCCAUUUCUGGGAUCAGAUCAGCUGACAUUCUUUGAAUCUGGAUUCAAUAGCAGAAAAGACUAGGCCGGAGAGCACAAAAAGGUCACCCUCUGAGAGGACCCGUCAUGAGGGGGAGAUGUGUGCAGUUGGGGUGGGCCACACUGAGUCAUCUGUCCCCUCCUGUCCCCUACAACACACAUCUGCAGACUGGCCAGCUGUUGGUCUGGGAAGGAUUCCGUCUCUUGUUUUUCCCUGUGAUGGUCUUUGGCCUCCAGCAACGCAUCCGGAAAAUGCUCCAUAAACACUGUCCUCUCGCCAGCUGAACCAGUUGACCCCAUGUACAAAGAGGAAAUGGAAAAUCUGUCCAUCAGGAAGGAUGCCUGGCUUCCCUCACCUCUGAAAGCAGCUCCCACCCAGAGAGCUGGAAGCCUGGCCUGGUCUGCUUGCCCAGCGGGGCUGCUCUUUGGCAUUGCAGAACUGGCAAGGGGAGGUUGUUUGGAGUGGUCAGGAGAUCGUGUGCCAGGAAGAAGAGGAAAUGAAAACCAAGAACAUAGUUUUUAACUCAUAGACUUCUAGGAUCCCAGGCAAAAGCAGCUGCUGAGGAUGGAGGCAACUAUAUUAUCGGUGACUUGAGGGUGUUCAGCCCAGACUCAGGGAAUGGGAGCCCCUCAAGUCCCACCAGACCCACCUGGGAAAUGAACUAUCAAGAGGCGGCAAUCUACCUCCAGGAAGGUGAGAAUAAUGACAAGUUCUUCACUCACCCCAAGAAUGCCCGCGCCCUGGCUGCCUACCUCUUUGUCCACAACCACCUGUUCUACCUGAUGGAGCUGACCACGGCUCUGCUCCUGCUGCUGCUCUCUCUCUGUGAGGCUCCCGCGGUCCCCGCUCUCCGGCUUGGCAUUUAUGUACAUGCGACCCUGGAGCUGUUCGCCCUGAUGGUGGUGGUCUUCGAGCUGUGCAUGAAGAUGCGCUGGCUGGGCUUCCGCACCUUUAUCCGGCACAAACGCACCAUGGUCAAGACGGUUGUGCUGCUUGUCCAGUUUGCGGAAGCCAUUGUGGUACUGGUUCGUCAGACAUCACACGUGCGGGUGACCCGGGCCCUGCGCUGCAUCUUCUUGGUGGACUGCCGAUACUGCGGUGCUGUCCGUCGCAACCUGCGGCAGAUCUUCCAAUCCCUUCCCCCCUUCAUUGACAUUCUGCUGCUGCUGCUCUUCUUCAUGGUGAUUUUCGCCAUCUUGGGAUUUUACUUGUUCUCCCCAAAUCCCUCGGACCCGUACUUCAACACCUUGGAGAACAGCAUCGUCAGCCUCUUCGUCCUGCUCACCACGGCCAACUUCCCAGAUGUCAUGAUGCCCUCAUACUCCCGGAGCCCCUGGUCCUGCAUCUUCUUCAUCGUGUACCUCUCCAUCGAGCUCUACUUCAUCAUGAACCUGCUCCUGGCCGUCGUGUUCGACACAUUCAACGACAUUGAGAAGCGCAAAUUCAAGUCAUUAUUACUUCACAAGCGCACAGCCAUCCAGCAUGCGUACGGCCUGCUCAUCAGCCAGCGGAGGCCCUCGGGCAUCUCCUUCCGGCAGUUUGAGGGCCUGAUGCGGUAUUACAAGCCCCGCAUGGGGGCCCGGGAGCGCUAUCUCACCUUCAAAGCCCUGAAUCAAAGCAAUACACCUCUGCUCAGCCUGAAGGACUUUUAUGAUAUCUAUGAAGUGGUUGCCUUAAAGUGGAAGGCAAAGCGCAAUAAAGAGCAUUGGUUUGAUGAGCUUCCCCGCACGGCCUUCCUCAUUUUCAAAGGCAUCAAUAUCCUGGUGAAGUCCAAAGGCUUCCAGUAUUUCAUGUAUGUGGUGGUGGCCGUCAAUGGCAUAUGGAUCCUCGUGGAAACGUUCAUGCUGAAAGGUGGAAACUUCUUCUCCAAAAACGUGCCCUGGAGUUACAUUAUCUUCCUCACGAUCUAUGGGGCAGAGUUGCUCCUGAAGACCACCGGCCUGGGGCCUGUGGAGUAUCUCACCUCUGGAUGGAACCUGUUUGACUUCUCUGUCACGGCCUUUGCCUUCCUGGGGCUCUUGGCCUUGGCGUUCAACAUGGAGCCUUUCUACUUCAUCGUGGUCCUCCGCCCGCUCCAGCUCCUCAGGUUGUUUAAGUUGAAGAAGCGCUACCGGAACGUGCUGGACACCAUGUUUGAGCUGCUUCCGCGAAUGGCGAGCCUGGGCCUUACCCUGCUCAUUUUUUACUACUCCUUUGCCAUUGUGGGCAUGGAGUUCUUCUGCGGGAUCCUGUACCCCAACUGCUGCAACACAAGCACGGUGGCUGAUUCCUAUCGUUGGAUCAACCGCACGGUGGGCAACAAGACAAGCGUGGAUGAGGGCUACUAUUAUCUCAACAACUUCGACAAUAUCCUGAACAGUUUCGUGACCUUGUUCGAGCUCACAGUGGUCAACAACUGGUACAUCAUCAUGGAAGGCGUCACCUCCCAGACGUCCCACUGGAGCCGCCUCUACUUCAUGAUCUUCUACAUUGUGACCAUGGUGGUGAUGACCAUCAUCGUCGCCUUCAUCCUGGAGGCUUUUGUCUUCCGCAUGAACUACAGCCGGAAAAACCAGGACUCUGAAGUAGACAGAGGCAUCAUCCUGGAGAAGGAUGUGUCCAAGGAGGAGCUGGUUGCAGUCCUGGCGCUAUACCGGCAGAAUCAGGGCUCUGGCGCUGAAGUCUCCCAGCUGCUGAAGAUCCGCUCACAGAUGGACAAAUACGGGCAAAACUCGGUGGUGUUUCUGGGAAGAAGGUCAAAGACCAAAAGUGACCUGAGCCUCAAGAUGUACCAGGAAGAGAUCAAGGAAUGGUACGAGGAGCAUGCCCGGGAACAGGAGCUGUGGCGCAGGCAGGAGGGCCCCGCUGCCGUCCUCCCCCCAUCCCAGCAGUGUCCGGGGGGUCGCCCUCGCUCCCAGACCGUCAUCUAGCCAGCCCCAGCUAACAGAAGCCAUUUCUUCUAUGCAAUAACAGAGUAGUAUUAUUUUACAAUAAUGUAUUGAACUAUGUAUAUGUGGGUAAAGCGGGGUUAGGUUCAUAACCCCCUUGUGCUCACCCUCCCCGUUCACCUGAACUCUGGAAGUCAGUGGCUUUGGAAGAGGGUCCCAGUGUGGGGCCCCCCUCCACUGAAGUGACCCUAAGCUGCAGAAGAACCCUUUUCCUAAAAGUACCCACUUGUUUAAAACAUGGGCUCCCACCCCCUCGUGUGGGCCGUGCCCAUCAAUCAGCCCCUUCCCUGAACAGAUGGCCCCAGUGCACACAGACUCGGGCUGAUCUGACACCUGCCAUCUUCCUGUAUACCUACCUGUGUUCUCUGUCUCAAUUUAGGGACAAAACCACUGAAGGAAAGCAGCAGAGCCCUAGGGGGCUGGUUUUUCUAUAUUAUCAAUAAUUGUGUGCAGCUCCCUGAACCUCAGGGUGCCUGGGCAGUGUGUGAGGGCAGGGACAGGCCAGGGGGUCACUUGCUAGGAAGCUUGAGGCUCUUCCCAAAGGCUUCAGUUUCAGUCCUGCUGCUGAAACUGUCUCCCAUUCCCUCAGCAAACAUUUAUCCUGAAAGGAAACAGCCUAGGGGCAGGGACCCCAUUCUGCACAGCCCCUGCCACAGGUCUCCCAUCCAUGCUGGGGGAGGCCUCCCUGCCUGGCUAGUGAUGUGCGGGACCCCACUUCUUCGGGGCCAGGCCAAUUGAGGGGGAACACCGUGGGAAAUGGGGGCGAGCAUAGCAUAUGGGCCCUGGGACAUCUCCUGAGAGUUGCUUUUUCUACAUAAUCCCCAAGUUCAAGGCUGUUGCCUUGUGAUUGGACCGUGGCCCAUCAAAGUAGAAUAUGGAGAAGGAUCCUACUUAAUUGUGAUUUCUGCUUUGUUUCAGUCUGGCUAACCAAAGUCUGACUGUGUUUUCAUUAAUAAUGUUUGUAUAGAGUUAUAUUAAUGGGUGUAUAUAUCUAUACAUAUGUAUCCUUCUCCUUUGAGAAGAAAGGGCACAGAGAUUUAGCCGCAUGUUAGCAACCGCAUUACAAGUUAGCACCGUCUGUCUCGAGGAUGGCUUGGUGUGGGGAUGCCCUCAGCUCUCAGCCCAAGCUCCCCAACCUUCUCUCCUGCUCUGGAGAGUGACUGACCGAGAGUCAAGCCUUAGACUCCUUAAACUUGUGUGCCGUAGUGGCCGUGUGGACCUAGAAAGGAUUCCCUUCCAUGUCGAUGCACAACCACCCCACCCCACCCCUUCUGAACUCUUCAUUUGGCUCCCAGGCUUCACCCUGCUUCCCGAGCCUUGGGGUUGGAUGCAGCUUGACAGUGUUCAUUCUUUCUCUAGCUCUGAGCUGAGGAGAAUUGUAGGACCCUAGAUGACAAGGGGGAAGGAACCUUCCUCAGAGUUCAUCUAGUCCAGCCGGUGCUUGCAUCCAAAGCAGCCUGUGUUCCUGGGGUCCUGAGGCUGCCCCAGAGCCCCUCCUCUGUGGCCAUCGCAGGAUGCUCCCAGAGCCAUAUUAUCCAGCCUGGGAUGCUCUUGGUAGGACCUGCCAGGAGUGGACAGCAGCAUCAGCACUUGGGCUGUUGGGAGCUGCCUUAGGUCUCCUGCUUCAGGUGGCCUGCUUGUCCUCUUGGGCCUGGAAGUAAGGGUUAGGGCCCACCCCCUGGCAGAGAAAGAAGGAAAAUCAGAAUCUUCAAAAAAAUCUGUGUAGAGAGCAACAGCCGGCCUGGGGUUUCAAACCCUGGGCUCCCUACAGCCACCACUGCCUCAUUGGACGCCAGGAGGUUGGGCACAUUUCUAUCUCCGUGUAGUCUUCAACUCCACAACAGGGAGCUUGUGGGGCAGGGCUGGGCUUUCUCCUGAGAGGUGACAGCUGCAGGCAGGGGCCGGGUCCCUCCCAUUCCACCAUCUUCCUCACUUUAUCUCAAGCGACAGGGGCCAGGCCACUGUCUUUUGUCCUUGGAAUUCUGGGUCAGUUUGGGUUUUUGUUUGUAAGAAAGUUCCUUCCCUUGAGGCUGGGAUGGGAAAGACUGUUAAGCCCUACAGAACAGAGCCAGGAUUGGGCACCAGAAGAUCAGAGAGGUCCAGCUCUUCCCUGGCUGUCUCCUUUGGUACUUGUUCCUGCUCUCUGGAGACCCUUUCUAGCCAGUCUAGGGGGAUUGAUGAAACAGCCACACCCCUACCCGCUUCCAAAAGGAAAAAACGUAAGCCUAAUAUUUGUACAGGGGGCAGCUGGGGCCUUUUGUGGAAUGCAUAGCCAACCCCAUGGGCUUCUAGGGUGUGUUGAAUUCUGGAGAUAAAUAGAAUGAAGAAAGCUUAAGGCAAAGCUGGAGACCGCCAGUGGGUCUUUGUGCCAUGAGCAUCUGCACCUCCCUCAGCCCUCCUAAGCCAAGUUCUGGCCUGUAGGUAUCAGAAAUGUCUCGAUCCCACCCCCCAAGCACAAAGAUUUGGUACAGCUAGUCUGGAGACGACAGGGCAAGUGUGGAAGACAUCGAGCAGUCUGGGACAAGGAGGGUUUUAGAAGUGGUCUGAGCCAAACUGGGACUGGCCAAAGGCCACCAGUGGCUGUGCCAUGGUGUCCGUGGAGCACUCAGAAAGGAUAGUUCAUAGUCAUUGGACACCGUCUGCUUGGGUGCCCCAAGAUUUCAGUUGCCCCAAGUUGAAGCAGAAAUUGAAGGAAGUUUCUAGUUUCAGAGCUAGAGGGGACCCAUCUCCUCAUUCUAUAGCUGUGAAAACGUCUGUGGUGGGGCCAAGACUCCUGUCCCUGGCCUGCUUUGCACAGUGCACAAAUUCGGAGAGAACACCUUUGGGGUAAAGGCAUCUGCUCCUGUCUCUCCUUGAUCCCUCUGCCCCCUUCCCUUUGCCCCUAGCCUUACUCAAAACCACUGAGACAAUCAUUUUGUAUAGACAAAAGAGGCGCCGUGAGGUUUUGUACAUUGGCAAUUUGUUACCCAAAUAACCCAUCUCUAUGAGGGUCUAGAACUUAGGCACAAUUAAUAAAAGGAUACUCUGCUUUGUAAA